CCGCGGCCGGCCCACAAUGAGGAGAGCGGGCCGCGGUGAGUAAGCGGCGGCCGGCCAGGCCGGGCCACGCGGGGCGGAGGCUGCGCGGGCAGGUCGGGGCAGGCUGGCCGGGCGGGGUCGGGAUCCGAGCCCGCAGCCCUAGCCGCGCCAGAGCCGAGCGAGGACACCGAGGCCCCGCCCCGGCCGCCGGUGGCGCCCCGAGCUCCCAGCCGCGCCGCAGUCUCUGCCGGAAACCGGCCCCGCCGGAGCCCUAGCACCAGCCUCGUGCUACCUGAUCCGGAGUCGGAGCCGCACGAGCCGAAGCCCGAGUCCCAGCCCCAGUCGGGGCCGGCCGAGCCCGGCCCACCAUGGCGGGGCCGCGGGGCGCUCUCCUGGCCUGGUGCCGCCGCCAGUGCGAGGGCUACCGCGGCGUGGACAUCCGCGACCUGAGCAGCUCCUUCCGGGACGGCCUGGCUUUCUGCGCCAUCCUGCACCGGCACCGACCCGACCUGCUCGACUUCCAGUCUCUCUCCAAGGAAAAUGUCUUCGAGAAUAACCGUUUGGCCUUUGAAGUGGCUGAAAAAGAGCUGGGGAUCCCUGCUCUCCUGGACCCCAAUGACAUGGUCUCCAUGAGUGUCCCUGACUGUCUCAGCAUCAUGACCUAUGUGUCCCAGUACUACAACCACUUCACCAGUUCUGGCCAAGCGGCUGUCUCACCAUCACCCUCACCAGGAAAGGAUCCAGCACUCUCCUCUCCCCCAUCUGCAUCACCUGCUGUGCAACCAGGAGAGGAGGCUCAGGGUGAUGACCUCUCCUCAGCCAGCCUGUCUGAGCAGGGCAAACAGCAGCCCCCCAGCAGCGCAUGCGCAGCCUGCGGGCAGCGGGUGCACCUGGUACAGCGGUACUUGGCCGAGGGCAGGCUCUACCACCGGCACUGCUUCCGAUGUCGGCAGUGUUCCAGCACGCUGCUCCCGGGUUCUUAUAAUAGUGGGCCUGAGGAAGGCACCUUUGUGUGUGCAGAACGCUGCACCAGGCUGGGUCCAGGAGGCCGAUCAGGAACUAGGCCCCUGUCACAGCGAAAGCAGCAGCAGUUAGCAGAAGCCAAGGAUGGAGAGGAGAGUGACCUUAGUGUGUCUGCAGUGGCCGAGGCAGAUGGGUUCCAGGCCAGCUCCGAGGUACAGCCCCAGACCCCGAACAAGCCACUUCUUCCCAGCAAGCCCCAGGAGUUGGCCAGUCCCCCUGCUGGCCGGCCCACACCUGCCCCCAGGAAGGCUUCUGAGAGCUCAGCCUUGACGCCCCCAACACCACGGCCACGGUCUAGCCUGCAGCAGGAUGGCUUGGUGGAGCAGGGUACCAGCAGCAGCCUUGUGAAUGGAAGACUGCAGGAACCCCCUGUUCCCAGGCCAAGAGGCACACCCAAGCUGUCGGAGAGGAUGCCAGCACCAAGGAAGGACCCCCCAUGGAUUGCACUGGUGCAGACAGAGCCAAAGAAGAAACCAGCCCCACCGCCCCCUAGCAGCAGUCCUGGGUCACCAAGCAGACAGGUGGAGAAUGGAGGCCUGGAAGAAAGGACCCAGAAGAGCCCAGUAGCUGGGCCAGAGCCCAAGCCCUACAACCCCUUUGAGGAGGAAGAGGAAGAAGAAGAGACAGCCCCAGCAGUACCAGGCCCUGCCCCAGCCCCACCAGAAUCCACACCCAAGUCUCUGCACCCCUGGUAUGGCAUCACCCCCACCAGCAGCCCCAAGACAAAGAAGCGCCCUGCCCCGAGAGCACCCAGUGCUUCCCCCCUUGUUCUCCACACCUCCCGCCUGUCACACUCGGAACCUCCUUCCGCCACACCAUCGCCAGCCCUUAGUGUGGAGAGCCUGGCAUCCGAGAGCUCCAGUCACACUGCCAGUGCAGAGCCUUUGGAGACGCCUGCCGUACCCAAGAGCUCCUCAGAUCCUGCUGUGCACGUGCCUGGUACCCCUGGCAUAGCUGGGAACUCCGUCACCCCCUCAGCCAACUCUUCCCUAUCAUCUUCUGGGGAGCUAGGACAGCCUGGUGGUGAACAAGUACCCCAAGCCAGGACCAGGGGCAGCCCAGGUACCCAGGCCACCAAGCCCUUUAGUGGUGCUACCCCCACGCCCUUCUUGUUGGCUGGAGACCGGAGCCCUGCCCCUUCCCGGGGGAGUUCAUCCCCACAGCUGCAGAUCAAGUCUUCCUGCAAAGAGAAUCCUUUCAACCGGAAGCCAUCUCCUUCUGCAUCUCCAGCCGUAAGGAAGGCCACCAAAGGAGCCAAGCCUAUGAGGCCACCUGCCCCUGGACAUGGCUUUCCACUCAUCAAACGCAAGGUCCAGGCCGACCAGUAUAUCCCUGAGGAGGACAUCUAUGGUGAGAUGGACACUAUUGAGCGCCAGCUGGAUGCCCUGGAACACCGUGGCGUUCUGCUGGAAGAGAAGCUGCGUGGAGGAGCAAAUGAGGGCAGCGAGGACAACAUGCUGGUGGACUGGUUCAAGCUCAUUCAUGAGAAGCAUCUACUGUUGCGGCGAGAGUCAGAGCUUAUCUACGUUGUUAAGCAGCAGAACCUGGAGCAGCGCCAGGCUGACGUAGAAUAUGAACUGCGGUGCCUUCUCAACAAGCCAGAAAAGGACUGGACCGAGGAGGAUCGGGCCAGAGAAAAGGUGCUGAUGCAGGAGCUUGUGACCCUCAUCGAGCAGCGCAAUGCUAUUGUCAACUGCCUGGAUGAGGACCGGCAGAGGGAAGAAGAGGAAGACAAGAUGUUGGAAGCUAUGAUGAGGAAGAAAGAGUUCCAAAGAGAGACUGAGUCCGAGGGUAAGAAGAAAGGCAAGUUCAAGACCAUGAAGGUGCUGAAGCUGCUGGGAAACAAGCGUGACACCAAAAGCAAGGUCCCUGGGGACAAGAGCUGACAGACAGCGCGGGAAGCAGACUUCCUCUCCUCUCCUGGAGUCUCCAGGCCAGAACAGCACUCUGCUGCCCUCAGACCUGCCAAGGGGGACAGUGACCUUGGGAGGGAGUCCCUGGGUGAGCUUUGGCUUCCUUGGGAGUCUCCAGCUGGUUUGGGCUAAAGUUUUCUUCCCUCUUUCUUCCCUGUGUCCUUGACAGCUGUGACUUAGCCCUGCCCACUGCAUUCUGACUCCAGAUGCUGUGACAGGCCCGGGGCAAGCAGGGAUGCAGGGACUAGGCAGAGGCAGUAACUCUCCUUGUACUUAUGAACCAGGCCAGAUGGAGUCUUCACUGUCAGUCCUGCCCAAGGCAGGCUCUGGCCAAGACAUGUGCACCUUGCAGCAGGCCAGCAACAAGGCUGGCUGCCUAACUUCUUCCUUCUCAGCCCUGACUCUUAGUCUCUGCCUUCCUGUCUAACACAUGUGCCCUUGAAAGUCAUGUCCCCUCACUCAGGAGCUCUAUGAAGUCUCAGAUUCUGGACCCUCAGUGAGUGCUGUUUUGUGUCAGUUGGGAAUGAACUGCUUUCCUCUGCCUCCCAAGCUGUAGGGAGCUCUUCCCUUACCUCUCUUGGUUCAUGGGAAGUCUCACCCACAACAUGGGGACCUGGUGGUUGUGCUGAGGUGGUGACUCAGACUAGCUUAGAAAGGUGUGAUUUGGGUAGGUGCUAACCUUUGUUCUCUAAGGUGUUGUGAUCUGACCUCUGAUGCAGGGUUUUUGCCCACCCCAUACCCAGGGGAUGGACCCAUUCCUUUCUGUGGUUGUCUGUUCCCUCUGGGGACUGGUGGCAUUCACCCCUGGAUGGCCCUGGGAGAACAGUGCUGGGGUACAUCUUUUCCCUGGGGAAUAUGCCAGGCAGCCUGUGGUCCAAGCACUGUUCUUGCUCUCGGCGUCUUCAGUGCCUGCCCCUCCCUCUGCAUCCUGGGAAGGAGUGCACUGUCUCUCAGUUGCUAGUGCCCAGUUGCCUUGGCCACAGCCACAUCUGUGCCCUUUUGCCUGUGUGUGCUCCACCUCAUGGCCAGGUGUCUGGCCACCGGGAGGGUCUGGGCUGUCCACGCAGUUGGGAACUUGACCACAGUGCCUCCCAUGGGGCAGGAUUCCCUUCUUGUUUGGGGAGAGGUGCUUGCACUCCCAUAUAGCCCCUGGCAGUCUUUCCAGAUGCGCUGUUGACCUGGAGCCCAGGCCACCACCUCAGGUUUUUCAGAAGGGUCCUGUGACCCAGCUGCUGUAACCCAGGAGAGGGCUCCACCAGGCUGUCUCAGUGUCAAGCAUAGUUUCCAUGUCUCCAGGGACCAGCCCUCCUCACAGAAGUCACCUGUUGCCUGUGAAUGUGGGCACAGGCUUGCCACAUAUUGCUCACUUUUCAAAAGAAACCCAGAAGCUAGGCCUGGGCUGGAGGCUGUGUCCCUACUGACUGAUGCUAUCUGCUGGCUCUUGUGUAAUAGCCAUGGUUAUUCUUCGGUAAGAAGACAGAUAUGGGACUUGUAGCAGGUGCAGGAAGGAUUUCAUUUCUAGAGACGGGAAUGAUGGGAUACUAGUGCAGGUCAGGCUGUUCAGAGUCACAGCCUGAAGGACACUGCUGUGCAGUAAACCAGUUGUGGGGAGCGAGGGCAUACCAGGUGGGAGCAGGGCUGUUUCCUUAUUGGGUUCCUUGACCUUCAGGCUGGGACCUCAGGAGCACGUGAAUGGAACUGGAACCAAGGCUGUGGCACCUGCCAGAGCCCUUUAGUAUGGAUCCCUCCUUUUAUGUUUCUUCCCUUAGUCUUCGUUUGGUGGAAGUCAUGAAGCUGACCUUUAACCCCGAGUGGGCUCCUCAGCAGUAACUACCUGGAUGGAGUGUCUUAGUGAGAUGGGUGUUCACACCGCAGAAUUGAGGGCUAGCACUGACGACAGGCUGCUCAGGAAUCUGUUUCCCUGCUCCUCUGGAAAUGUGCAAACAGCAGUUAGAACCCAUGUGCGCUGGACGGGUUCUGAUUCUGAACAGAUUAAAUGUGUUUAUUCCUGUGUAAACAAGGCAGCACAUGUCAUGGCCAAGUUAAAUGUGUUUUAUUGGCCAAUUAAUCAUUGUGGUCAAACAUUUGCCCAAGGCUACAAGAAGGCAAAGAAAUAGAUCCUAAGAUACAGGAAGGACAGAAUCGUGUUCACAGAGCACCUGGAGGACAGCUGUGGCGUGGGAAGAGCCAGAGAGAGGGUGCCCUUAGGCAGAUGUCCAUGGUGUGUCUGGGCUCUUUCCCCUGAAGAAGGUGCCAAUACUGUGGCUGUGACAGUGACUCAGAGGCGUCACUGAGGCCUCUGCAUCCCUGGGCAG